CUGAGGCUAACACAUUCAGCAAUAACAACUGAAAGUUUAUGUGUGUUAGAUUCAUGGCCAUUCUUUGUCCUUCCACUGCCAUCUACCAUCUUCUCUUCUCUUCUCUUCUUCUGUUUUUCUCAUGUUAUGUGAGCGGUAUACCCGUCUACGGAGCAGAAGAGGGCAAAGACGGAUUUCAUUCCACUCCUGUAAGUUCACUGCUGCCAAAGAACAAAUGCUCGGCAUCUGCCAGAGGAGGAUCUCAAGGGCUUCCAAUAACACAAAAAUAUGGGCCAUGCUCUGGAUCAGGCCACUCCCAACCUCCCAGUCCUCAGGAAAUCUUUGGCCGAGAUGAAUCCAGAGUUAGCUUCAUCAACUCCAAAUGCAACCAAUACACUUCAGGGAAUUUGAAAAAUCAUGCCCACAAUAAUAACCUGUUUGAUGAAGAUGGCAAUUUUCUUGUUGACGUAGCUUUUGGCACACCCCUACAGAAAUUUAAGCUAAUAUUGGACACCGGCAGCAGCAUAACUUGGACACAGUGCAAAGCCUGUGUGAACUGCUUACAAGACUCCCACCGAUAUUUCAACUGGUCGGCAUCCUCCACUUAUUCCUUUGGUUCUUGCAUUCCAGGUACUGUUGAGAACAACUAUAACAUGACAUAUGGCGAUGACUCUACCUCUGUGGGAAACUAUGGAUGCGAUACCAUGACAUUGGAGCCUUCUGAUGUGUUCCAAAAGUUUCAAUUCGGUUGUGGAAGAAAUAAUAAGGGUGAUUUUGGCAGUGGAGUUGAUGGGAUGCUGGGGCUUGGACAAGGGCAGCUUUCUACCGUAUCUCAAACAGCUUCAAAAUUUAACAAAGUUUUCAGUUACUGUCUCCCUGAGGAAGAUUCCAUUGGAUCGCUGCUAUUUGGAGAGAAAGCCACUUCCCAAUCCUCCUCCUUAAAGUUCACAUCGCUUGUAAAUGGUCCUGGAACCUCAGGGUUAGAGGAGUCAGGGUACUAUUUCGUCAAGCUCUUGGAUAUAAGUGUUGGUAACAAGCGACUUAAUAUUCCCAGCUCCGUGUUUGCAUCACCUGGAACUAUAAUAGACUCGGGAACUGUCAUCACUCGCCUGCCUCAACGAGCCUAUUCAGCACUCAAAGCUGCAUUCGAGAAAGCAAUGGCGAAAUAUCCUCUUUCCAAUGGGAGGCGGAAGAAAGGUGACAUAUUGGACACAUGCUACAAUUUAAGUGGAACGAAAGAUGUGUUACUACCGGAGAUAGUGCUACAUUUUGGGGAAGGAGCCGACGUACGUUUGAAUGGAACGAGAGUUAUUUGGGGGAAUGAUGCAUCUCGUCUUUGCUUGGCUUUUGCUGGGAACUCCAAAUCAACCAUGGACUCCGAAUUAACCAUUAUUGGAAAUAGACAACAAGUGUCUCUAACAGUUCUAUAUGACAUACAAGGAGGAAGGAUAGGGUUUGGGGGCAAUGGUUGCUCCAAGUGAGACCUAAUGCAUCCUUAUCGUUUUGUCUGGUAAUUAGGAGUGCAGAUAGAGGAUGUCCAUUAGAUGCAUAAGGAGUGGGAUAGCCCAUUUCAUGUUUAAUUUGUUUGGUUUGCUCUUGUAAUAAAAUUUUGAGUGGAAAACAUAUUCCAUUCAAAUGUUUGUGGCUUGCAUAAUGUAAGGUUUGGAAUGAAUAGAACGCAGUAGUUUUAUGUUGCUGAAAAUUUAUUGGUUU